CCUGCCCCCGCCGUCGUCAAGGAGGGCUGGCUCUACAAGCGCGGGGAGCACAUCAAGAACUGGCGAUCGCGCUACUUCGUGCUGCUGGAGAAUGGCGCCCUCAUCGGCUUCAAGAACCGGCCCGAGCCAGACGCCCUGGGCGACCCACUCAACAACUUCACGGUGAAGGGCUGCCAGAUCAUGGCGUGCGACCGCCCUAAGCCCUACACCUUCGUCAUCCGCGGCCUGCAGUGGACCACCGUCAUCGAGCGCACCUUCCACGUCGACAGCGAGCGCGAACGG